GUACAUUUCGUGCUGUUUACAUAGAUGUACUAAAGGCAUGCUGGGAACUACAAGGACCUUGGCCAUGUUGCUUCCUUGACACAAAUUUCAAAGGAGUAGAACCUUGUUUAGAUCUUUUGGAUUUGGUCAUUUGACCCCAGCUCGAUCUUUAUAAGAAGCCAAUAACUUUACUGAACACCAUGCCGCGAAUCAUUAUCAAAGGUGGAGUGUGGAGAAACACUGAGGAUGAAAUUCUCAAGGCGGCAGUUAUGAAAUACGGAAAGAAUCAGUGGUCUAGAAUUGCAUCUUUGCUGCACCGCAAGUCAGCCAAACAGUGCAAGGCCAGAUGGUAUGAGUGGUUGGAUCCUAGCAUUAAAAAGACUGAAUGGAGCAGAGAAGAAGACGAAAAGCUACUUCAUUUGGCAAAGCUGAUGCCAACACAGUGGCGAACAAUUGCUCCUCUGAUUGGCCGCACAGCGUCACAGUGUCUGGAGAGAUAUGAAUUUCUUUUAGAUCAAGCCCAAGCUAAAGAAGGCGAAAAAGAUGAGGGCGAGGAUCCACGGAAAUUACGACCAGGAGAAAUUGACCCUAACCCUGAAACAAAGCCAGCACGACCUGAUCCCAUUGACAUGGAUGAAGAUGGUAAAGCCAAUAUUAUCCAUUCUUAAAUUCAUCUUUCACAUUGAUUACUAUCAAU